AUGGAUGGGGCGCCUCCACCAGAAGAAGACUUUUCAGCUCUUCCGAUAUCCGAACGACUUGCGCACAAAAACUGGAAAGCGCGUGUCUCCGCUUAUGAAGCACUCGUGAAGACGUUUGGCGCAACGCCGUCCGAGACCGAUCCCGCCUUUAAGCCAUAUACAUCCAAUCCAGAACUCCUCAAGAAGAUGGUCACGGAUGCAAACGCCGUCGCGCAGGAGAAAGGCGUCGAAGCCGUGAUCGCAUUUGUCAAAUUCGCUGGAGAGACGUCUGCAAAGACGAGAGAGGCUGUCGUGCCUGCCUUGGUCGACAAGUGUCUCGGAUCAACGCGUCAGGGUACGAAGACAAAGGCCAUAGACCUCAUCCUGGAGUAUGUUGAGGUGGAAAACGGUGCUGCUGCCGUUGUGGAAGACGUUCUUCCGGGCUUGAACGCGAAGCAGCCAAAGACCGUGGCCGGUGCAGUAACGGCCCUAAAGGAGAUCGUCAGACUAUAUGGUCCGGUCGUAUGCCCACCUAAGUCUGUGUUCAAGGCGUUGCCAAAGAUCUUUGGGCAUACAGACAAGGCCGUGCGCGCAGAGGGCUCGUUACUCGUACAAUCACUAUAUAGCUACGUUGGAGACGCUAUUCAACCGGCCAUUGCAGAGCUCAAGCCUGUUCAAAUCAAGGAAAUCAAUGAGGCAUGCGAGGCGCUCAAGGCAGAGGGAAAGGGGCCCGGAUCCUUCAAACCAGAACGAUUCACCCGUGCAGCUGCCAGAGAAAGAGAGGCAAUGGAUGCCUCCGCUGUGGAAGAAGAGGCUGCCCCCCCAGCAGAGAUUGACCCGACUGAAUUCAUGGAGGAAACUGACGUCGUCAAAAAGUUUCCCGAAGGCCUUUAUACGAAUUUGGCGUCCUCCAAGUGGAAGGAUCGAAAGACCGCAUUGGACGACCUUGCAGCAGUCCUCACGCCGAUGCAGAAGAUUAAAGACUCGCCUCCAGAAUUUGCCGAGCUAACCAAGGCACUCGCUGGUCGCAUGUCAGAUGCUAAUAUCAUGUGUGUUAUGGCCGCUGCGUCCUGUGUCGAAGGUCUUGCAAAGGGGCUGGGGACACCUUUUGGCCGAUACAGGGAGAUAAUCGUCACUCCUAUGCUUGAUAGGCUCAAGGAGCGCAAGCAAAACGUAACCGAUUCCCUCGGCCAAGCGCUUGAUGCCGUAUUUGCGACCGUAACUUUUCCUGACAUCGUUCCGGAUAUUUUGCCACAACUAGCGUCAAAGAAUCCUCAAGUCAAAGAAGGCGCGGUCAAGUUUCUCCAUCGAUGCAUGCUGUCAACGAAAACGCCACCGGCGCCUGCACAAGUGAAGUCGAUUUCAGAAGCGGUGGCUACCCUUCUAUCGGAUGGUGCAGAGCCCGUCAGGAAUGAAGCCGCAGAGACGUUGGGUGUCUUUAUGAAGAUUGUCGGCGAGCGUGCAAUGAACCCCGUCUUGGAACCGCUGGACGACAUCAAGAAGAACAAGGUUAAAGAGGCAUUUGACAAGGCUGUAGUCAAGUGCAAGGUUGGAGGUACGGCGCCUGCUCCUCGAGCGGCAGCUCCUCCAAAGGCAGAGCCACCAAAAAAAAAAGCAGUGCCAACAAAGCCCAAAUCCGAGGAGGAGCCGCCCUCAGAAGAUGGCCCUCCACCAACUCCUGCUAAACUUCCUCCAAAACUUGCGGCAAAGCUAGCAGCCUCGAAGAAGCCAGCAGGUGAUGCUGGAGGAGGCGGCGCAUCAGCCCCUGCAGCCCCUGCUACGGCGGCUCCGGCUGUCAAGAAACCAGCUGCCGUUGCAGCACCAGCAAAGGCGUCUGCAAAAGCCGGACCACCUCCUGCGACGGAUACGUUCAAGUUCCGCUUCACUCCUGAGGAUGCCGAAGAACGCAUCUCAGAUCUUAUACCCGCCAACAUUCGAACGGACUUUGGUGACGCCAACUGGAAGACGAGGUUGGCCGCUUUGGAUGAGAUGACGGCAUGGUUAGAAGGCGGUGUAGUCGAUUCUGUCGAAAGCGAGCUGGUCGUCCGAUUCUUGGCAAAGAAGGGCUGGAGUGAGAAGAACUUCCAGGUGUCAGCCAAGCUCUAUGGGGUUCUUUGCCUGCUGGCAGAGCGAGCCUCCACGUUUGGCAAAGCAUCCGCUGCUUUGGCUAUCCCUCACCUGACAGAGAAACUCGGAGACCUCAAAUUGAAGAAGCCUGCUGGUGAUGCUUUGAUGCUUUUUGCGGAAAAGACAUCGUUGUCAUUCGUCUUCAGUCAAGCUUAUGAUCCGCUCUCGAAGCAAAAGGCUCCAAAAGUGAUUGCCGAUGCGACUACCUGGAUGAAGGAUGCUCUCAUAGAGUUCGGAAUCGCAGGGCUCUCGCUAAGAAGUCUCAUCGACUAUCUCAAGAAUGCGCUUACCAACUCGAACGCCGCUGUGCGUUCAAGCGCCACUAACACGCUCGUUACUCUCAAACUCUUUGCAGGCGCUGCAAUCAAGGACUUCCUAGACGGUGUCAAUCCUCAGCUAAUGGCGACCAUCGAAAAGGAGUUUGAGAAAGUGGAAGGACAAGAAGCACCAGUGCCGACGCGUACACAAGCAGAUGUAUCGCCAGUGACAUCCAGCGGCGGUAGUGCAUCCAAAGGUGCCGAUCCGAUGGAGGAGCUCUACCCGCGUGUGGAUAUCGAUCGACUGCUCGUUGGCACUACCAUUUUGGCAGACUCCAAGAGCGAUGCAUGGAAGUCCCGCAAAGAGGCCCUAGAGAAACUGCAAGGUUUGCUCGAAGCCAACAAGCGAUUCAAGCCUAACCUAGGGGACAUUGGACAGGUCUUAAAGGCCCGUGUACUCGACCAAAACAAGGCGGUUCAAGCUCUAGCUCUCGACAUCAUCGCCCGAAUCGCUACUGGCAUGAACAAGCCGUUUGAAAAGUACACCCGAAUAUUCGUCGUCUCAGUGGCGGCUGUUCUCGCCGAUCAAAAGGCUCCAAUUAGAGGGUCUGCCAUGGCCACAUUGACAGCGAUGGCUACUGCAUGCGAAAGUAUCGAUUCUCUCCUCCAUGGCCUCGCAACGGCGCUGGAGGUGCAGAACCCACUGCAAAGAAGCAAUCUUCUAGGAUGGAUGGUAGAUUGGUUCAAAGAGCAUCCGCCAACAACGCCCAACUCUCUUUCAGAGCUGUCGGCGCCGACUGUCCUCUGCUUGGACGAUCGCAGUGCAGACGUUCGCAAAUCAGCCCAAGCCCUUCUUCCAUAUCUCAUCCAGAACGUUGGAUACGAUGCCAUAGUCAAAGAAACAAAUCCACUCAAACCAGCUUCUCGCUCCGCCAUUCUACCCAUUCUGCAGGCGCUCAAGCCUUCUGGCUCGACGGCCACAACUACUCAAGCAGUAACAGAGCCAAAGCCAACCGCGGAGGCUGCCUCUGCCUCUGCUCCGAAACCCAAAGCAACCGGAGUCAGUCGCCCAAUCGCAAAGGCGCCAUCCAAUCCGGCCUCUUCGAGACCGGAAUCAAGGGCCGAAUCCGAGAUAGAAGCACCUACUGCUGCCAAAGUUCCACUAAAGAGCAAACUUACAGCUCUCAAGCGACCCGGUACUGUCGUCGCUCCAGCUGCUAAAGCAGCGCCUCGCACUAGCAUGAGUGGUGCCACUCCUGCACCUUUCAUGAACUCAAACCCAGAAAGCAAGAAAGGGAGGCUCGCCAAGGAUGCUAAUCGCUGGGUCAUUGAAUCGGGACCGGUGCGAAAGGACCUCGCAGAUUUUUUGCAGGCACAGAUGGACAACUCCACUUCGAAAGACGUAACCGGUCUCCUCUUCAGUCAAGAACACAAUGCAGUCAAUGACUGGGUGUCGGGUAUGACCAUUAUCAGCGAUUGCUACGCCAACACUCUAGCGGGGGACGAACGCUAUGGUCCCACAAAUGAGGAUAUGAAGGCAAUAUUGAUCGCCAACUCUGAUUUGGCCCUCAAAUAUGCGUGCCUUCGAGUUCAUGAGAACCAGUCCAAUGUCGUUGGAAAGGCGCUGGACGUCGUCGAAACGGUCCAAGCACUCCUGGCGGCGAGUGACUAUCGACUCACAGAUGCAGAAGCUGCUUGCUUUCUUCCGACUUUUGUCCACAAGCUUGGCGACGCUCGCGAACCAGUGCGUGUACGAGUACAGCAGAUCAUCCAAAAGCUCCCCAAGAUCUAUUCGUAUAGUCGCAUUUUCCAGACUCUCCUCGAACACGGUUUACGGUCCAAGAACGCGAAGACUCGUCAAGGGGCCCUAGACGAGCUUGGACAUGUACUGAGGAGUGCGGGUCUCAGUGCUUGUGAACCAUCGAAAGCAUUCCCGGUUGUCGCUUCUAUGAUAGGAGACAAGGAUGCGGCAGUUCGUAAAUCGGCGCUAAGCGUGUUGAGCGAAGCGUAUAUCCUGGAAGGCGAACGCAUCUGGAGCCACGUAGGAACGCUUUCCCUGAAAGACAAGGGCCAGCUGGAGGAGCGUCUGAGGCGUGUACCUGGCGCAAAGACACCUGCUUCUCCCGCUCCGCAAGCGAGUGCGACACAUGCAGCAGGAUCGAGGCUGUCGAUGGUAUCUCAACGUGCAGAAUCACCAGCAUUGACAUCGCGCCUCUCUAGGCCCAUGUCGCCCGCCGUUUCUGUCAACGGCAGAGCGUCUCCUGUCAGCGUCAGUGGUCGAAUGACUCCAACGACGCCGACUACCUCCUCUAAUCGGCCCAAGAGGGACGAGGGGGCCCCGUCUCAGCCUCACCUAGACCCAGCUCGCUGUCCCAACGAACAGAGCCUCCUCAGCAAGUUCCUUCCAUCUCAAGCCAUCAAUGGCCAUGGCGCCCAGCUGCCCGAUCUCAACGCCACAGACGACAUUAGCUUAAUUAUAUCCAACAUUCUGAGCAAUGAUCCAUCACGCAGCGUUGAUGCGCUCAAAAAGGUUCAGAAGAUUCUCGAGAUUAGCCCCGAAGCAGGGAAAAAUGACGCUCGUUAUCGAGAAUUGGCGGAUCAUACAGAAGGUCUCAUCGAGACCAUCACCUCGCAGAUCCUGCGUGGAUUAUUGGAGGAGCUUACACUUCGAUUGCUGAUUACGGAUGAAAGCACUGAGACAAAGGUCAAGGACCUUUCCAAGUUUAUCAACAUGAUCUUGCUCCGACUCUUUGCUACCGGUCGCCGCAUCACCAUCUUCCGGGCGCUUUUCCUUCUCCUUCUUCAGAUCGUCAAACCGUUUGCUAUGAACGGCACGACAACUGAGGAUCGUCCUGCAAAAGUAGCAGAACUGGUCCUGAAAUGCAUCUGGAAAUUAGCCAGAAACAUACCGGAAGACUUGAAGAAUCAUGUGCUGGAUCCUGUCGAAUUGUUCCCGGCCAUCGAGCAGUUCUUGCAAUCGAUACCGCCUAAUGAUUGGAGAGCUCGUGCGACUAACAAGAUACCCAGCGGUGAUAUGCCUCUUCGCACGGUCAAAGUGAUCAUUCAGCAUGUGGUCGCUGAGUUCCGAGAGGAUGUCUACGAUUACCUGUCUCAAGCGUUCGACGACCCUUCUGCGACAAUAGUCUACCCUUACGUCUACCGCAUUCUCAAUGCUCGUCCAAAGGACGAAGGCCAACCCCAAGCCGAAGCCAGACCUCCAUCUCCAACCCAGAGUGCGCGGUCUUCAACAUUUUCACGAGCGCGUCAGGAUUCGAUUGCGUCCCGAGCCUCGACUCACAACACGUACGAGCCUUCAGAAGCCUCAACCAAGGCGUCACAACACAAUGACGCAGACCUGGAUGAGCAACUCAACGCCAUUUGGCUCAAGACCUCGGUCGAAAAUGGGGCAAUGCACAACGAUGCAAUCACAGAGCUUUGGAAUUUCAUCAAGGCGCACCCGGAAAAGAAGCCACGGGUGGACGCCAUGAUUGAUAGCACCGGAGGGGUCUACACUCGUUACAUUCGACGAGCCCUCGCAAGGCGGCAAGCCGAGGAUGACCUUAGUUCGGCGACUCCGAGAGUAUCGGGUCGGCCAAACUCCGAGGAUAUGUCCCAACCACCUUCAUCUCCUGUCAGGACUCCUGGAUCUCCGAGACGUUCUCUUGCGACAGAUGAAGAAUCCGUAGCGAGGAUGCGGCAUUUCCACGACAUGUUCAAUUACAAUGGCAGGACAAGCAUCGUCAGCAAUGGAUCCUCACGUGGGUCUAUUUAUGAAGGGCAAGGACUGAACCAUCCUGGGGUCCAAGCUCAUCUCGAGUCGCUGCGCCGGCGGGAUAGUAUGGCCUUUAACAAUUCCUAG